AUGCCCUCCCCUCCUCCCGCCUCCGCCGCCGACCCUUCUCCGGUGCCGGAAAACCCACCUCCUCCUCCCGUUGUCCGGAAGUUUCCGGCUCCUUGUUGGACCCAAGAUGAAACCCUAGCUUUGAUUCAUUCUUACCAAGAUAAAUGGUAUUCUCUUCGUCGCCGGAAUCUCAGGACUGCCGAUUGGGAAGCUGUUGCUGAUGAGGUUAAUCGGAGGUGCCCCGAUCAAUCGCCGCCGAAGUCGUCUGCUCAGUGCCGACAUAAGAUGGAGAAGCUUCGUAAGAGGUAUCGUGCUGAGAAACAGAGGAUUGGGGCUCUUCCUUCGCAUAAUAAUUUUGUGGGUAAUCGAUUUUUUCCUUCUUCUUCCUGGGUUUUUUUUGAUUUGAUGGAUGCUAUGGAGGUUGGAUCUGGGUCUGGUCCUGGAUCUACUACUGUUGUUAAUAAUAAUGGGGUUAAUAAUGGUGGUAAUAAUCAUAAUAUGAAUAUGAAUGUUUUGAACCCAGUAAAAGAGAAUUUUCAGAAUAAUAAUGGGGGUUUUGUAAAAGAGGAAAAAAUUAGGGGAAAAGAUGAUUUAGGGAAGUAUUUUGAUGAGAUUUUGAUGGGUAUGGGUAAAAGUGGGAGUGGAAGUGGAGGUCCGAUUAAAUUUAGGGUUAAGAAUCAUGGGAAUUGUAGUAAUAACAAUAAUAAUAAUAACAAUGAGAGGUAUUUUGAUGAAGGGUAUGAUUAUGAUGGUGGAAAUAAUGGUAGUGGGUUUGAUUAUAAGAAUGGGAGGAGUAAUUUUGCAUCUGGGUUUAAUAAGAGGAAAUUGGGUGAGGAUUCAUCGUCGUCGAAGAUGUUUUUGAAUGGAUGUUCAUCGAAGAAGGGAUUCGGGUUGGGUUCAGGGGCGGGGGCGGGGGCGGGAUCGAGGGCGAGAGGAGGAGGAAGGGAUGCCGCGGCUGGGGAGAUGGUGGUGUCGAUAAAGAUGUUGGGAGAAGCGUUGGUGAGGACGGAGAAGGAGAAGAUGGAGAUGAUGCAAGAGAUGGAGAUGAAGUGGAUGGAAAUGGAGAUGAAGAGGACUCAAAUGAUACUUGAAGCUCAACACAAUAUUGUUAAUGCUUUUGUUCAAGGGUUUAAGAAGCAAAAGAAGGUUAAAGUAAUGGAGGUAGAAUGA